CCAAAGUCAAAUACGAAGUUUUGUUUUUGUAGUGUGUCAACAAAUACACUGGAAUCGAGACGUUUGAUUCGCAUUCGCUGUUGAGUAUAGUGGAAUUUUUGUGCAACACGGUCGAAGCAAAAACAAGUGUGCAAAGCACAUUCAUCGUUGUUUCCAUAUGGUUUUUAUCGAUGAUUUUCUGCUUCUGUGUCAUGCUGCAUGUGUAUAAGAGUGUUGAUCGUAGUGAAAAAUAAAAGAAGAAGAAGAGAAAAAAAAACAACAUUCUCUCGCUCGUGCUACCUUACACACUGCGUUAGGUGGGCAAAGAAGAGAGACGAACAAUAGAAGAACAUACGAAAUAAAUAAAUAAAUAAAUAAGUAUUAAUAAAACGUUCAGUAGUUGCUAUUCGUGCUUUCAACGUAGGUUCUCUACUUAUACAAUUAGACAACAUUCCAUUCGACAAAAACAAAAUAGAGAGAAAUUCGCGUUUUAUAUUUCAUUAUUGAUCUGUCAAAAUAGUCCCGCAAUGCUGCUGUUACUAGUUAGUGUUAUUCAGACCAAUUCCGUGUAAUCGUCAUCAAUGUAGAGAGACAGAACGACAGAGCGAAACGAACAACACGACACAAAAAUAAAAAGAAAGAGACGGAGAAAAAAACAACAACGACUGAAUUAAACUGUGCAAUUUAUCGACGACCAUAUAACAACAGUACGAAAAAUUUCAUCUUGUUGUCGAACGCGUAAUUUAAUUUAAUUCAAUCGUUCGUAGUGCGUCGAGACGAAUUUGAACUCAGAGAACAGAGAUUUCUUAAACCAAAUAACAAAAAAGAAAGGAAAGUAAAGCUUAAAAUCACAUAAAUAAAGAAAUCAAACAGAAACCCGUAAAAACCUGUUAAAAAGAAGAAGAAGAAGAAGAAUAAAACACAAAAAUCCGAAACCAAAAUAAAAACAAAAUCACAUAAACAAAAUGAAAAAGUUCACAUUCAAAGGUGUGCUCGAUGGUUUUCGACAACAGGUUCAACCGCAAAUGGUUAAACCUGAACAAGAAAUUCCAGAAACAUUACGACCCGAACAUUUCCAACUGAAAAAGACUUUUCGUCAUGGUUUUCCGCAUUCACCAACCGCACUAGGAUAUGACCCAGUUCAAAAACUCUUAGCUAUAGGCGACAAAUCUGGAUCACUCCGAGUAUUGGGAAAGCCAGGCGUGGAUUGUCAUGUACGGCAUGAAGGUGAAUCGGCCUGUGCCGUCACCCACAUUCAGUUUCUAGUUAAUGAAGGUGCAUUAAUAACGGUAACCGCCGACGAUAUGCUGCAUCUCUGGAAUUUUCGUCAAAAAAGUCCACAAGUAGUACAAAGUUUAAAAUUUCAAAGAGAAAGAAUUACAUGCCUUUAUUUGCCUGUUGCUGCCAAAUGGCUUUAUGUUGGAACAGAUAAGGGUAACAUCCAUGUAAUUAAUAUUGAAUCGUUUGCAUUAAGUGGAUACAUAAUAAAUUGGAAUAAGGCGAUUGAAGUCUUGCGGAAAGAUCGUCCAGGUGCCGUAGUUUCACUGUCUGAUAAUCCAACAGAUACGAACAAACUGUUGAUUGCUUAUGAGUCUGGAACAAUAGUACUAUGGGAUUUGCGAGGAAAAUGCGCUGAAAUGCGAUGGCAAUCGACUGAACAAUUGCGAUCAGUUGGUUGGCAUCAUGAAGGCAAAUAUUUUGUAUCAUCCCAUACAGACGGUUCACUUUGUACGUGGCCACUUAGACCAACACCGAAACCUCAAUUUCAUUCAUAUCCUCACGCUAAAACAAACAAAGAUGGAAAAUUAGAGACGUGCAAGCCGAUUCAUAAAGUAGACCUUAGAACGACGAAAAUGGGUGAAACGUUCACAAUAUUUUCGGGUGGUUUAUCGGUGGAACGAGAUGGAAAGUCGCCGUGCAUAACAGUGCUCCAAGGCAGAUCAACCACUGUUCUUGAAAUGGAACAUCCGGUAGUCGAUUUCAUAACCAUAUGCGAAAGUCCUUGGUCAAGUGAUAUGCAAGAACCUUAUGCAAUAGCCGUACUUUUACAAAAUGAUUUAGUUUUAAUCGAUUUACUGACUCCUGGAUUUCCAUGCUUUGAGUCGCCUUAUCCCAUGGAUAUUCAUGAAUCACCGGUUACAUGUUGCACUUAUUUAGCUGAUUGUCCAUCUGAUUUGGUGCCAGCUUUCUACAUGGUUGGAUUAAAUCCAAAUAAUCGCAAGGCGGGUUUGUCCGAUCGCCAAUGGCCUAUAUCUGGAGGCGGAUGGUCACCAUCGUCGUGUAGCUACUUUGAAAUUAUCAUCACCGGCCAUCAAGAUGGUUCAAUUAAAUUUUGGGACAGCAGCGCUGGCACGCUGCAAAUCCUCUACAAAUUGAAAACGGCAAAAAUCUUCGACCGCCCGCGAACACGUUCAAUGGAUGGCUCCGAUGAUGAUCCAUUAGCGAUACAGAUGAUUUCAUUGUGUGCCGAAUCACGAAGGUUGUGUGUAGCUGGUGCAAGCGGUCAUGUGAUACUAUUUAAGUUUCGUAAAGCCGAAAGCGUUUCGGAGUAUUUAGUUUUAGAGAUUCCAAUUAGCUAUGAAAAUUUCGACGACCCCGAAGGCAGUCCAGAAUGUGAAUUUAUUCCAAGAUCAUUACCAAAACAACCGGACUCUGUUGAUACGAAAAAUGACGGUAUGUUGAAAGUUCGGCCUGGUCCGCAACGAAAGCCGGCAGGUUUUCAAGCUCAGCUUGUAUGCUUAACACCAUGGACUAAUGGAACGCAUCCAGGUCAAAUUACAGCGCUGUGUAUUAACUCAAACUAUGGACUUAUGGCCUAUGGAACGGAGUAUGGAUUAGUUAUCGUUGAUAUUGUUCAGAAAAUUUGUCUAUUGAAUAUAGCAAGCCCAGAUUUGUACGGUGCUCAAGAUCCAUAUGCACGUACGCCGCGCAGUCCAAAACGCACGGAUGCCACAACUUCACGUGAUGAACAAGCACGUUCACCGAGCAUAGAUCAGAGUGUGCCAGAUUUUUCGAGCAGUCCAACGAAAACGGUUCAGUUUAUGCCAUCGAUAAUACCACCGUCGCCGAUUGAGGCGGGUGGCAGUGGUGUAUCACCACGGUCAGCAUCGCCGGCGGUCGAAGAGGCUCAAGAAGCGUUGAGUCCGAACGAAGACGAAGACGAGGAAAGUAAGAAAAUGGCGCAGAAUCGCCGCAAAUCAUCGAUUUGGAAGAAAGCUUUAAAUAUUAAAAAACGCAUCAGCAAAGUCAAUAUGGCAUUCAGCGACGAUGUGCAUCGUUUUGGGCCAACCGACGGAAUGCCACUGUCACCGAUCGAAGUAUCGCCGAUCACCGUUGAAAUGCCCGGUUAUGUGUCAGCAUCUCUGCCUAAUACCAGUGCCAGCGAUUUAGAUAAUAUCGAACGGUCGAUUGUUCAACAAUUGGCCGAAUUGAAUGCAAAUUCCGAUGUUGAAGAGCGUUCCGACAAUGACGAAAACGACACAGCCAUGGAACGUCGAUCAUCCGUCGAUCCAGAUGCUGAUUGGAAACGACGUGUCAUGUCGCAGCCACAAUGCUUACAAACCCGACGAUCCGAUGUAUCCGAUGAGCUAGUAAUGAAAGUGACGGCGGCCAACUCAGAAGGGGCUCGUCAAUCACGACCAUCCGAUUUACCACUGUUUGAUGACAACGGGCGUCCAAUUCCACCACCGCGCACCCAUUCGAAUCGCAAUCAACGCUUGUUAUCCGUGCCAAAUAUCAAAUACAAUCGUUCAAUUAGCGAAAACCCACGAAUCAAGUCAAGAAAAGAACCAAUUUCAAUCGCAGCAAAUCUAAUGAGACGUUUCAGCCGUGUAGACAAAUUGGAUUCGUCGUUUUCGCGGUCACGUUCAUCAUCAAUGUCAAGCUUGGAGAAUAUCAGCACUGAAUCGGUGACAUGCUUAGCUUUUGCCGAUAGUUAUACCAAGAAAAGUGAUCCAUCCACCUUAUUGCCAACAUUAUGGGUUGGCACAAGCCUUGGGUCAGUUUUAACCAUAUCGAUAACGUUACCUGAUGCCGACGCACGUAAAAUACAACCGGUUUUACCAACGAUUAUGGGCGGUUCGCUGUUCCGCUUGAAGGGUUCGAUUCUAUCAAUGUCAUUUUUGGACUGCAACGGUGCUCUCAUCCCAUACUCGUACGAACCGUGGAAGGAUGAAAAUCGUGGCGGUGAUGCCAGCCGAAGAGAUCGUACGCCAACCAAACAAGGUAGCAAUCGAAUGAGUCCAACACUUGGAGCCAGCAGCAGCAGUGGAAGUACUGAUUCAUUCGGCGAUCGACAAUUUAUAGCGAUUACCAGUGAAAAAACGGCGCGCGUAAUUGCAUUACCUAGUCAAAACUGUGUUUAUCGCCAACAAAUCGCUGACACCGAUUACGUUGUCAAAGCUGAAGUUAUUAGUUUGAAAGAUAGCGUUUGCCUGAUUUGCUACAUUUCAACGGGACAUUUGAUAGCAUACAGUUUGCCAAGCCUGCGACAACUAAUGGAUGUUGAUUUUCUACCGUUGGCCGAUCUCAGCUUUCAAACAAAAUGUAAGCAAGGAAUUGUAGAUCCAAUGCUUUCAAUAUGGGGCCAACAACUAAUUGUGCACGAGGAUACCAACCAAAUUUCGAAGACUUUCUGCUUUAGCAAUCGAGGGCAUGGCCUGUAUUUGGCAACACCAACUGAAAUUCAAAAGUUCACCGUUUGUGAUGAAUUCUGUCAAUUUAUGAACGAAAUGAUUGGUGAAUUGUUUUCGCCAGUCGAUAUGCCCGAACCACCGAAGGAAAGUUUCUUCAAAGGUCUAUUCGGCGGAGGUGCUCGAAACUUGGAUCGUGAAGAACUUUUCGGCGAAAGUGGCAGCGGAAAACCGAAUCGAUCGGUGGCCAAGCACAUUCCUGGACCCAAUUUACAAGAAUUGGGCUCACGUGCAAGUACGGCAGCAUCUGAGAUAAGCCGUGCCCAUCAGUUGGCCAUGGAGCGUGGCGAAAAGCUGAGUCAAUUAGAGGAUCGUGCCGAACGAAUGUCAAAUCAAGCACAAGAAUUCAGUGGAACAGCCCACAGUCUUAUGCAAAAAUACAAGGACAAAAAAUGGUAAACAAAGAAAAAAAAAAACAAGCCCAAACCAAAAUACACAUAUGCUUUACGAAAUGUAAUGAACUUAUGCGAUGUUCGACCCGAACAAACAUUGAUGCGAUACAAAGAAUCUAAGACUUUGUUGGAUUUCUUGUAACACACACAAAAUCUUCUGUGCGUCGUGUGCAGCAGAUUAAAUGGUCGGAGUAAACAUAGAAAACUUGAACAACGCAAAACAAAACUAAACCAAAAAAAAAACAUUCAUAUGCAAUUAUUUUGCCAUUCGAUUUGCAAUAAAUAAAAAGGAGAAGAAACAUGUUCGUCGAGCACAGAGCAAUUCGAGAUAUAUCAACUGCUAGCAAAUCUAUAGAUACCAGAGAAAAAAAACUAUUGCAACUGACAACAACAACAACAACAAAUUAUAUUGAUACCCACAAACCAAAACUUUAUCGUAAUGCAUAGCUGACAAAAAAAAACUAUUUUUAGUCUCACUUUUCAGAGCUAAACUAUUGUACGUAUUUAAGUUAUAUAAGUGAAAAAAAAAACAUUUGACGAUCUUUCCGAAACAACACACGUAUUUGUUUAAAAAAAAAAUGGAGUAAAAAACACAUCACAAAGUGUAAACAAGUAAAAAAAGCUAUACUCAGUGAUGCACGUUACCAGAAUUUUGGCUGGUACACAGCACAUUUCACCAGUUGCGACUUCGGUCAUAUAUUCGUUGAUGUGAGUAUAGUGUGAGUACGGCUUACCAGUUAGAACGUGUGUACAUAAGGCGCGAACUAAGACGACAAUUCACUUCGCAAAAAUUCGACCGCUUCGCACACACGUUGUAACUGGUAAACCGUACACAUGAGCCACAGUUUGCUUUGAUUCGCAUGAACGAAUGUAUGACCGAAGUAGCAAAUGGUGAAAUGUGCUGUAUACCAGCCGAUCAAUUGGUGACGUGCGUCGCUGAGGAGUCUGCUUUUCAACAGAAAAAUCAAUCUAGUAGGUAAUUAAGUGACGAUUGAAUUAUUCGAACAUUACACAUUUCUGAAGUAAAAACAAAAUCCCCUCCCUCAAAACCCAAAACACAACACAUGUUAUUAUUAUACAAGAAAAGAGCGUUUAUAAUUAUUAUUAUUACUACAUAUGGAAAAAAAAAAAGUUUUUUGAUUAUAGUGUAGCCGAAUAAAAAUGUUCGUUCGGAACAUACAAAUGAGAAUAUCAAAUAAUCCCCCAGCUCUUUGAUAUAUUGUUUGUAGCACAAAUUUUGUUUAGGUGUUUCUAUUUGCAAGUGACAAAUAUAUAUAUUUGGAUUGAAGUCGAUUUGGUUUCGUUGGGCUUUUUCCACCACCCAACCGAUAGAGCAAAUUAGCCGAGCAUGUUUUGAGUUCUUUCAAUUUUGGAUGCGAUACUGAAUUUGGAUUUGGUUUUUCCUCGAACGAGCAUGGAAUCAAUGAUAAGAAGUAAAUGAAGCUGCGAAUCAGCAAAGAAUGUUAGUAAUUUGUUACGAAUUAACCUUAAUGUCCAAAUUCAAAACUACAUAUAUAUAUAUAUCAAGAGUUACUAGCGAUUUUGUAUUGAACAAACGUAUCAAAAACCAAAAAUAUUCAAACUAAUCAAAGUACAAACGUAAAUCUGUUUCUCUGCCUAGACCGUACACUUUUGCCGAUUCCACAUGGGAAUGACUAGCAAAUACACCGUUCAAAAGUAGUGAUGAUGUUUUUUUUUUUUUAGAUGAAUAAAGUUGCGUUGCAGUUUUUGACAAAAACUAAUUAGCUUUAUCAAAUUUAAAUCUCUUUGAUCCGAAAAACAAACAACGUUUUGGAAUCGUUCACAGUCCUCGAAUGUUCUUCCCCCCACCAGAAAUCAAAAUCGUAGUUUUUUGUUUAUUUGGCGACGAAUGAAAGAAUAAACACCAACAUCUAAAAAUCUCAAGCUUAGAGCCACCCUCUCUCAUGCACAUCAAUUCAAAUGCAAUUUAUUCCUGUUCAAGAAAAAAAAAAUUAACUAAAAAACCCAUCUCCAUUGCAAACAGAAUCGAUAACCACAAAUUGUAUAGAAGAAAAAAAAACUUGAAAGUUACUGUUAUUUAGUUUCGUUUGCCAUUUUCUCUUUGCCCCCAACACAAGUUUUUGUUUUUAAAGUCAUACGUGUACAUAGUGUCCAGAUUUAAAAAUGAAACGGCAAUUGUGCUGUAACACUAGACAGUAGAAAGGAAAACAACAUUUUGAAGUGAAUAAACAAAAAUGAAAUGCAAAAACCAAUUAUCAUGUUUAUACUAAAUAGUUGGCAAAAAUGUGAAUAAAACUUUUUCAGUUGUCAUUAGUGUAUUUUUGAUCUUUGGUUCAUUCGUUUUUUGAAGUUCAAAUGCGGAAUGCAUGCAUUGAAAACUCGUUAAAAUAUAUCUGUGGUUUCAACGUAUUAAUAAAAAAAAAAAAUGAUACACGAACAUAUAUGUGAAAAAUGGAAUAGAAAAAAAAUACCGAUAAAAUGGUGUAAAUUAAAAAGAGAAUAACUAUAAAACAAAGAUAUGCGCAGAAUGAAAUGACGCGCGCUGCUGUAAAGAUGAAGAAAAAAAAAAUGAAACAUAUUUUGUGAAUAAAUAUAUUUUUAAUGUAUUCAUAUUAAAAUAACUUCUGAAGAUCAGACCAUUUGAAAUGUCCACAUAACAGACACCAUAUACAGAACAACACAAACAAGCACACAUCCGUUUCAAUGAUGGCCACCUGUCAAGGGAGCGAUCAACUACAAACCGCCCUCUGCCCACAGAUCGAAUUUCAUCAACUUCCGAAUGAGAAGCGGUUUUUCUGGGGAUGUUAAAACAAUCGUUAUGACGAUACACAACAACAACAAAAAAACCAAGAAAAACACAAACACUUGUCCACACUUCUCUUAUGUUGUUAUGAAUUGCAUACAAAUUGGCUGCGUCCGAUUUAAUUUUUAUCACAGACACACAAAAAACCAUGUAGAUGAUAAAUUGAACGCUUUGUGAAUGUUGAAUUGUAGAAAUAUUAGUGGUAAUCUUUUGUAAAACAAUCAAAUCCAAACGAACCGAAGCAUCAUUCGAAUUGACCGAUGACUUAAUUCUUAUAGAUGAAAAUACAUGUUUAAAAUGAAGAUAUGUGAAAUGCCGUAGACGUAUUCCUUUCAGUUUCAAUUGAGCAUUCUAUUUUGUUUUCCCUGUUGUUUUUGAAGACACGAAAAAACAAAAACUAGAUCAAUUUGCAAUGGAUACUUUGCCACUGAACCUGUCCGCAAUUUCGUCAUAAACAAUCAAACUUGUUUGUUUUCAGUUCCUUGCAUAGGACACACGAAGAGAAGAAGGUUCAUUGCGAAUGUUAUUACAAGCAAAGAUCCAACAACAACAACAAAACAGAGCAACAUAUAUGUUACAUGACAAUAAUACAGAAGAUUUUGAUUUAAAUUUGAAAGAGUGCAGUUAAAUACGUUGCUCGAACAAGCAAAUCCAUUGAUUUGAAACAUCAUUUCGUUCGAUGCAGAACCACAAAACAACAACAACAACAAUGAGAAAAAUAGAAACAAACAUUUUUCUUCAUUUGAUGAGUGUAAUAUUUGUCUGAAAACUCUUCUUAAUUGGCGAUUUCUGCUUGAAAUCGAAUUUGUACAGACACAUUUUUUUGAACUAAGCUGACAUUUGAGAGCUGAUGAUUCAUUAUACAAUGUUAGAAUUAUUCUCUAGAUAAAUGUUAGCCACAUUUUGCAUUGACAAUGAUUUGUUCUCCAUUCAGUAGAUGUCACACGAUUAGUCUUCCGUUCAAAUUGAAACUUUACGAAAGGAAUACAUUGUUUCGUUCUUCUUUUUUUUUGUUGAUAUUGCGUGCAUAAACACAAUCAUUCUAUUGUUCGUGGAAAGAAAGAAAUUUUUUCUCUGUUAAAAUAAGCCAAUCAAUUGCAUUUACGUUCAAACAUACUAUACUUAGCUUUGUGACAUUUCAUUUUGUUGGCUGAUACAAAUGUUUUUUUUCCCAACUGAAGCUGAUCAUGAAAAUCAUCAAAAAAUGAAAACCGUGAUCGGAUUGUGAGUCUUCAGUCAGACAUUUCUCCAAAACAGCCGACUGACAACAACUGAGCCACUAAAUCAAUUGAGAAAUUGGGAGACGUGUUUUUGAUUCCUUAUCCGAAACCCGAUUUGCUUAUCUGCAAAUAAACAUUUAUUUUCUCAAAAUAAUAAAAUUAUUUCCUGCAAAACUCCAAUUAAUUGGGCACUUUUGCAAAUUAAGUUUGAUGUUGAUAUUCUAAAGUUCAAAUUGUUCACAGAUUUUUUUUGGAAAGACAGCAGAAAAUAAAUAAUUUCAGUGCAUUCAAACGUUAACUGGUACAAAUAAUGGGAAAAAAAAUCACACACAUACAAAUGUUCCAAUGCUAAUUGAAAUGAACACUGCUAAACGAAAUUCAUCUGUGCGACAACGCGCAUACACAUGGCUAUUGAGAAUAUUUUUAAACAUUGUAUAGCAAAUGAAAACAAAACAAAAAUUAGGCUAAGAGUUAUUGAAUGAUAACGUUUUCGUCAAAUGCGUGUUUGAAUAAGUUCAAAUAUUGUGAAUAUUCAUUUCACAAUGAAGCAAUAGGCAUAAAAUUAAAUGACAAAUAACUAUAAAUAACAAAAGGAUAAAAAACAACAAAGGGUGUUGGCUUUUAAUGUUUGUUCUUUCUUUCUGCGAAAAAAAAACAGUAAAUUAGAAUAGUGAAAAGUGCGUUUUUUUGAUUACAAACAAAUCAAACUGAAUUCAAUUUGCUAAAUACUGGAAAUAAGCACCUCGAUAAGCACAAUGUUCUUCUUUUCUUUUUCAAAGAAAAAAGAGCAACCAACAAUUUGUAAUUUGCAAUAUAAGAAAAACCAAGGGAAUAAAAAAACUAAAAUUUAACAUGAUCAAGUUUUGUGGUCGGUUUGCAUUGGACAGAUAGGAAUAUAAGUAUGGCUACUUCAAUGAGACCGGUCAAUUUAAUGAUGACGAGAUUUAAAGGAUGGACUCCUGAAACUCUCUUGAUUGUGUUACGACUUAAGAAAAUGCUGCAAAUGACUAACAGAGAAGAAGAAAAAAAAACAAUAAAAAAAAAUGAAACAAACAACCAUAAACACACACAUCAAUUCAUACAAUUCAGAUAAGUGUGACUAUAUGAAGGAAACAAAUGAUUAAGCUAAUAAAUUACUACAACUAAAUUAGAGAAUCCGAAAUAUAUUAUAAACAAUUAACAACAGAAAACCAAGAAUUAUUAUUAUUAUAUACAAAAUUACUAUAUACACAUUACAAAAUAAAGAGAAAACAAAGCAAAUUACAAUGGA